GUACCUUUCAGAAGUUUAUAAGUUAACGAGCAAACAAAAUAAUAGGUUCUAUUUGGUCCGCGUUCUCUACACACGUCGUUAUGGCUAUGAUAAUUAUUAUUUAUAUAGCAAUAUUUUAUAUCAUAGUCGCGUUAGUGAUAGGUUUAUACCAAAAAUCAACGAACGCAAUAUGUCUUUCGAAAAAAAGAUUAGAUGGGAAGACGGUCAUUGUCACUGGUGGAACUUUAGGAAUGGGAUAUGAAAUUGCAAAGGAUUUGGCGGACCGAGGCGCACGCACCAUAAUUGCGUGUCCAUUCGUCGAUGAAGGAGAAACUGCGAAGAAAAACAUAAUACAAGAUACAGAAAAUGAACGAGUGGUGUUCAAACUGCUAGACCUAUCUUCGAUUGCUUCGAUAAGACAGUUUGUAAAAGAUAUCUACGCGACUGAAGAGAGAUUGGACUUAUUAAUGAACAAUGCAGGAAUUGGCACUGUCGAAGAAUUUAUUACGAAGGAUGGGAUGAGUGUAAUAAUGCAAGUGAAUUAUUUCGGACAGUUCCUCCUGACGAUUCUGUUGUUACCUCUAUUGAAGAAGAGUGGUACAAACUCGGAUCCGGCCAGAAUCGUCAACACCUCGUCGAGCUUCCACUGGUUCGGGUUCAUUAAUUUCGCUCGUUUGAACGAUAUAAAGUUUUGGUAUCCGCUAUUUUUUUACGCGAACAGCAAACUGUGUUUGUUGUCGUUUUCCUACGAGUUAACAAAAAAGUUGAGGGAACCCAACGUUGUGGUAAAUAGUGUUGACCCGGGUUUUGUUGGAACUGGUAUAUUUUACAGUGUGGGUCGUUUUUUUGGUGGUAUUAUAAGGUUGGCGUUAUUUGUACUUUCUAAAACCCCAUGGGAAGGCGCCCAGACUGCACUGCACGUGGCUUUAGACAAGAAGGCUGGUGCGGUUAGCGGAAAGUACUUCAGGAACUGCAACCUGUCUGUAGCUAGAAAAGUUAGUUGUGACGACAAAACAGCAAAGCAACUUUGGGAAGAAUCUGUGAGACUUGUUGGAUUAAGUGAUGAGGAACUUAAUCAGUGUUUAAUAUAUUAGAUUGACGUUGUAAUUAAAACUUUAAGUUUGCUUUUA